CUUUAGGGCGCUUGGCAUAUAACGUAUUUGCAAAGGCUUUCGGUUUAAAAAUAAGACGAGAGAAUAAACUGGGAUGAGUGUGGAUUCAGAGACAGAGAAUAGGGCGCUCUUCUUAUAAAACAAAGGUGGAGAAAAGAGGGAUGGAGAUGGGGGCAGGGAGUGCGAAAUUACAAAUGGACAAGAGAUUGCCAGGCGUGCAUACCACUGCCUUCGCUGCGCUGUAUCAAAGUUGGGGAUGCCGCCCAACAAAAAGAGGAUAUGCGAACAUGCCAGCCCAAUGUAUGCGGAACCACCUGCGAACAAUACAUAGGACCCGUGUAGUUGCGGAAUUACGCCAAGAACCAAGACCAUGCCACACAUUGCAGUAUGGAUUUUUUGGACAGAGUGAACGAGACCCGAGUCCCAGGUUCGAGUACCUGAUACUGCGAUGGCACCGGGGCAAUUGGGAACCACAUGAUGUGCUGCCAGUUCCCUUUUCAAUACCCACCAACAGUACACCUGACGUGCAUCGGGACGAUCCGCUAGCAUCUUCGGGAUGGGCCGCGGCCACCAUGACACUCUAUUCCAAUAUGGUGCCAUGCACAUCCUGUCAAAUUUGAAGUUUAUUAUCCGAAAGGACAGGAGCUGUCUUUGCGCUGCGCGUUCAGGCAUGCGCUCAAAAGGCAGAUCUCAUAC